AUGGCGCAAAGUUUGAAAAUAUUUAAAGAGCCCUAUUACAGUUUACCACUACCCAUUAUAGGAUCUGUUCCUCAUGAGUUUCCUGGUGCCUCUGUGCUGUAUAGCUUUGAUGAUCUGAUAUCUGUUGUGACCCCUGCCUGUUUUUGGACGAUUCUGACUUUUGUAAUCCUGACCCUCCCUUGUAACCGACUCUUCUAUAUCCGUAUCCCUUCUGAUUUAUCUCCUGAAGGCUACCACAAGCGCCUCAUUGUUCCAGGAAACCUCGGCAGCCUGGGUCCAGAAGUUAACAGCAUAUUCGGAGGUGGAAAUGGAUCCUUGCUGUAUCUUCAUAAGACUAUCAGAAGCGUUAAUCUUGCAACUAAGGUGAUAUGGGUAAUACCCUGCAAUACUGGGCAGAGUGGGUCAGACUUACAGUGCCGUAUUCACCUCACCAAGCCUAAGUAUGAAUACAAAUACUUUCAGGAUGGAGACAUCAUCAUUGGAGGAGUCCAAUCUGUACACACUGGGGUGUAUUAUAUACCAGAUAUCAAUGGAAAACAUAUUCCUCUUUGUAUAAGUCCCAGUUAUAAUUACUACCAGGACAUAAUUUCCUUGUUGUUUGCCAUUGAUGAUAUCAACAAGAACCCUGAUCUGCUGCCCAACAUCACUGUGGGAUAUCAAGUAUAUGAUUCAUGUAUGGAGCCAAGUCUUGCUAUACGUAAUAUACUGCAGAUAUUAUCAGGUCCAGGGGAAAUGGUUCCUAAUUACUCCUGUGGAGACUAUGGAAAAGUUAUUGGUUUUAUUGCAGAUCGGUCAAUUGUUACAACCCUGCCUAUAGCACAAUUUCUGACCUCAUAUGGAUACACACAGAUCAGUUAUGGGGCCACAGACCCAGUACUGAAUGAUAGAACACUAUAUCCAUACCAUUUUAGUACAGGACUAAAUGAUGAUAUUCAGCACAUUGCUAUAGCAGAACUGGUGGAACGUCUGGGUUGGACCUGGGUGAUCAUUCUGGCACCUGGUGAUGACCACGAAGAGAGAGAGAGUGAGAGUAAGAACCUCAGGAAUGAGAUCAAUAAACAUGGAGCCUGCGUUGACUUCAUUGGGACUCUAACUGGAGAUAGAAUUGCAAAUAUAAGAACAUUAGAAAGGAUACAAAAAUCUACUGCAGAGGUUGUUGUCUUGUGUGGGAGGCUUUUUCCUACUGAAUUUUUAAUUUCCCUUGUAGAGACAAUGAUAAAAGACAAGACAUGUGUGACACUUGAUAAAGAGAAGGAUGAUUUAUUUCAGAAGGCUUAUGGAACAGUUUUUAAUAAUUGUUCCAGUUUAGAAAUAUCAGUUUGGCCACUAACUCCUAAUUACCAAGUGUACAGAGCAGCAACUGGAUUGGCACAUGCAGAACAUCUCAUGCUCUCCUCAUCUGGAAAAUCCCAUCAUAAAGAUAUCCACAAAUACAUUCACAGAAAACAGUUACACCGAUAUCUAAGAAAUGUGCGCUUCACUGAACCUUGUGGAACAGAAAUUAAUUUCAAUGAGCUCAACAAAUCUCCUGUGAAGUACGGAAUUUCCACUUGGCCUAUUUAUUUCAACUCAGAAAACAAACAAAUACCAGUCGGUGAAUAUUUUUGGUCAGAUUCUGGAAGUUCUCUAAAGAUCGAUAUCCAAAGCAUAUUUUGGAAGAAAAACACCAAUAACCAGAUUCUGAAGUCCCAGUGUUCUCCAAACUGCCCUCCCGGCUACAGAAAAGUCACAAGGGAAAGAGCGCCGCCCUGCUGCUAUGACUGUGCCAGAUGCUCAGAGGGGGAGAUCUCCAACUUAACUGAUAUGGAAAAUUGUCUAAAAUGUCCCAUCUAUGAAUGGCCAAAUAACGAGAAAACCAUGUGUAUUGAGAAGCAAACUGAGUUCCUCUCAUAUGAAGGUGAUUCCCUAACUCUGGUCUUUAUUGUCCUCUCUGUGGUGUCUCUUUUAUUAGUGAUAGUUUUAAUAGGAAUUUUUAUUUCAUAUCGGGACACUCCAUUAGUGAAGGCCAACAAUCGCAAUCUGAGCUUUAUUCUCCUUUUCUCCAUCAAGCUGAGCUUCCUCUCUGUGUUUUUGUUCCUUGGUCGCCCAUCUGAUAUAACCUGCAUGCUCCGACAAACCUCUUUUGGGAUCAGUUUCUCCAUAGCUAUAUCUUCUGUCCUGGCAAAAACAAUUAUGGUUUGUAUUGCUUUCAAAGCCUCCAAGCCUGACAGUCCAUGGAGAAAAUGUUUGAAAGUACAACUGGCUCAUUGUAUUGGUGUCAUUUGUUCAUUAAUUCAGUUUCUAAUUAGUGCUAUCUGGCUGGCCCUUUAUCCACCAUUUGUAGAAUUGAACCUCCUUUCUGAACCUGGAAAAAUCAUCAUUCAGUGCAAUGAGGGCUCUGUCAUUGCCUUCUAUAUUGUCCUCUCCUACAUGGGAUUGUUGGCAUCUGUGAGUUUCAUUGUAGCUUUCUUGGCUCGGACAUUACCGGACAGUUUUAAUGAGGCCAAGUACAUCACUUUCAGCAUGUUGCUCUUCUGCAGUGUUUGGAUCACAAUGAUCCCGGCCUAUCUGAGCACCAAAGGCAAAUACAUGGUGGCAGUGGAAAUAUUUGCCAUAAUCUCAUCAAGCUGUGGCCUUCUCUUCUGUAUAUUUCUACCCAAAUGUUACAUUAUUAUAUUUAAGCCAAAGAGGAAUACAAAGCAAUAUGUACUGGGGAAUAAUAAAUAG